AUGGAUACUUGUAUGUCUAUGCAAAAUGGUUUUCAAUUUGCAACUCAUGAAGAUCAUUGUAUUCUGUUUUUAUUUCGUGGUUGGAAUGUUAAUAAUCAUAUUAAAUAUGCAUUUAUGAUUAUUGGAGUCUUUGGUAUGGGUUUAUUAAAUGGAGCUUUAAAUUAUAUACGUCAUCGUUUAAAUGAAAAUUAUCGAGAAGACUCAUCCUUAUUAUUAAAUCAAAUAUAUUUAUCAUUAAUUUAUGGAAUUCAAGUAGUUCUUGCUUAUUGGAUAAUGUUAUUAGUCAUGACAUAUGAAAGUGGUAUUUUUAUCUCAGUUAUAUUUGGUCUUGUUAUUGGUUACUUUAUUUUUGGUUAUAUUCAAGCAAAAAAUCGUCUAUCAAAAAACAAUGUUUCAUUGACUAAUGCAAUAUAUGACAAUCAAGAUAAUCAUAUACCUUGCUGUUAA